GGCUGGCAGGCGGAAGCGGCCGGCGGAUCCCAGGCUCAGCACCAUGGCGGCGGUGGCCGCCUCCUCCGCGCUGAAGCGGCUGGAUCUGCGUGAUCACAACGCGCUCUUCGAGACUCAUGGAGCGGAGGAGAUCCGCGGGCUGGAGCGCCAGGUUCGAGCCGAGAUCGAGCACAAGAAGGAGGAGCUGCGGCAAAUGGUGGGCGAGCGGUACCGCGACCUGAUCGAGGCGGCGGACACCAUCGGCCAGAUGCGCCGCUGCGCCGAGGGGCUGGUGGACGCCGUGCAGGCCACCGAUCAAUACUGCGCCCGCCUCCGCCAGGCCGGCACCGCGGCGCCCCGGGUCCCACGGGCCCCGCAGCCACAACCACAGUCCGAGAAAUUCUACAGCAUGGCCGCCCAGAUUAAGCUACUGCUAGAGAUCCCCGAGAAGAUCUGGAGCGCCAUGGAAGCCUCACAGCACCUCCAGGCCACCCAGCUCUACCUGCUCUGCUGUCACCUGCAUAGCCUGCUGCAGCUGGACUCCUCUAGCUCCAGAUACAGCCCCAUCCUCUCGAGAUUUCCCAUCCUCGUCCGGCAGGUGGCAGCAGCCAGCCACUUCCGGUCAACUAUUUUGCACGAAAGCAAGAUGCUGCUCAGAUGCCAGGCCGUGUCGGACCAGGCUGUGGCCGAGGCCCUGUGCUCCAUAAUGCUCCUGGAGGAGAGCUCUCCCCGCCAAGCCCUCACAGACUUCCUGUUGGCCAGAAAGGCGACUAUUCAGACACUCCUGAACCAGCCUCAUCACGGUGCUGGCAUCAAGGCCCAGAUUUGCGCUUUGGUGGAGCUGCUGGCUACCACGCUGAACCAGGCACAUGCCCUCUUCUACACUCUACCAGAAGGCGUGCUGCCUGACCCAUCCCUGCCCUCUGGCUUGCUUUUCUCUACCCUGGAGACAGUCACAAGGCAGCAUCCCACGGGAAAGGGCAUUGGUGCCCUCCAAGGGGAGAUGAACCUGUGUGGCUGGUUCAGACACCUGCCCGCCUCCGUUAUCGAGUUCCAGCCUGUGCUACGGACCCUCGCUCAUCCCAUCAGCCAGGAGUACCUGAAAGACACGCUGCAGAAAUGGAUCGACAUGUGCAAUGAAGACAUUAAAAAUGGAAUCGGCAAUCUGCUUCUGUAUGUGAAGAGCAUGAAAGGGCUGGCAGGCAUCAGAGACGCCAUAUGGGACUUGCUUACCAACGAGUCUGCCAGCCACAGCUGGGAGGUGGUGUGUCAACGGCUCCUGGAGAAGCCGCUCUUGUUCUGGGAGGACCUGACGCAGCAACUCUUCCUGGAUCGGCUGCAGACGCUGACCAGAGAAGGCUUUGAAUCCAUCUCCAGCAGCUCCAAAGAGCUUCUAGUCUCAGCUCUGCAGGAACUGGAGACCAGCAACUCCGCAUCCAAUAAGCACGUCCACUUUGAGCAGAACAUGUCUCUCUUCCUCUGGUCCGAGAGCCCCAACGACCUGCCUCCUGAUGCCGCCUGGGUCAGCGUAACAAACCGGACUCAGUUUGCCAACAGUGGCCUCUCCAUGAAAGCCCAAGCAAUUAGUCCUUGUGUCCAGAACUUCUGUUCUGCCCUGGAUUCUAAGCUGAAGGUUAAACUGGAUGACCUCCUGGCCUACCUUCCCUCCAGUGACACACCAUUGCUCAAGGAUGCUGCCCUCAUGCACCAGGCUAAGAACUCUGCCUUUGACAGAUAUGCAGAUGCCGGGACCGUGCAGGACAUGCUGCGUACUCAGUCUGUGGCCUGCAUCAAGUCUGUUGUGGGCUGCAUUCAGGCAGAGCUGCAGACCAUUGAGGAAGUCACACAGGACCAAAAGGAUGUCCUUCACAGCACCAAGCUGCACGCGGCCCUCUUCAUGGCCAGACUCUGCCAGUCCCUGGGAGAACUGUGCCCUCACCUAAAGCAGUGUAUUGUGGGAAAGUGUGGGGGUUCUGAAAAACCUGCCAGGGAGGUGAGGGCUCUGAGAAAGCAGGGAAAGGGGAAGGCUCAAGACGUCCUUCCCGGGCAGGCCCAGUGGCAGGAAGUGAAGGAAGCCCUGCUCCAGCAGAGCGUGCUGGCCUACCGGGUCUGGAGCUCCGCACUUGUGAAAUUUCUGAUUGGUGGAUUCACUCGGUCAUUGCUUCUAAGUGACGCUGGUUCGGUCCUGGCCACUGCCACCAAUUGGGAUGAACUAGAAAUUCAAGAGGAGACAGAGUCGGGGAGCAGUGUCACGUCUAAGAUCCGCCUCCCUACUCAGCCGUCCUGGUAUGUGCAGUCCUUCCUGUUUAGCUUAUGCCAGGAAGUUAAUCGGGUCGGAGGCCAUGCCUUGCCAAAGAUCACCCUACAGGAGAUGCUGAAGGCCUGCAUGGCCCAAGUCAUAGCUGCCUACGAGCAGCUCACAGAGGAAAACCAGAUAAAGAAAGAAGGGAUGUUUCCAAUGACCCAGAACCGAGCCCUGCAGCUCCUCUACGACCUACGCUACCUCAACAUGGUUCUGACCAGCAAGGGAGAGGAGGUGACGAGCAGCCGGAGCAAGGCGGACUCCAGAAUUGAGAGACUGACCGACAGGCUGGAGGCCUUCAUCGACCCUUUUGACCUGGAUGUCUUCACACCGCAUCUCAACAGCAACCUAAACCGCCUGGUACAGCGGACCUCAGUUCUGUUCGGAUUGGUUACUGGCACAGAGAAUCAGUUUGCCUCCCGGAGCAGCACAUUCAACUCCCAGGAACCCCAUAACAUACUGCCGCUGGCCUCCAGUCAGAUCAGGUUUGGACUCCUUCCGCUGAGCAUGACAAGCACAAGAAAGGCCAGGGCAACCAGCAGAGGCAUCGAAACCCAAGCCCAGAGAACAGUUUCACCUUCCCUGACGACCAAGGACUGAAAGGCUGGAAUGACUCCACCAGGAGAUGCCUCGCAUCAAGGUCUUCCUCCCUUCAGUUCCAGAAGAGGAAAUGGGACAAGCAUUGCAAAGCCCCUCCUGGAAGCCAUCCCAAGGCGGGCAGGCCCGGAUGGGCUGCAUCGCCAGUCUCUGAGCACAAGCAUGAAGUGCCCUGUGCUGUCUACCCUCCCAGCCACAGAGGAAAGGCAAGGUUCCUUCCCAGUCUGAAAAUCUGAACUGGGCAAAGACUGAUCAGGCUCUUCUCACUAGGUGAUGCUAACUUUUAGUGUCAGAUGGCUACAGGGGAACUACCCUUCUACCCCUGUGUUUGAAAGGCAUUCAAUUCUUUUACCAACAGUGGUGGCCUGCUGUUUGAGUAACAUCCUCAGGAAAACACUGGCCACUCUGAAGAAUCCUGCUUUGAAAUCUUGAAGAAAAGGGGUCUCAAAUACAGGCAGCCAUUAUCUCCUCAUAACGCUGGCAGCAUGGUGCAGCCAGAAGGGCACUGUCUUGGGAGAAUUGUAGAGUCCUUGUGGGCUUCUGGUGUACUUGGCAGAACAGCAGCUGGUCUCAUGCCUGCUAUGCAAACAGAUGUGUGUGCCCAUUAUUAGGCUGUCACCAGAGCUGCUCAGGCACUCGGUAAACAUUUACUAUGCUCAGUCAGGGGAAAUGGUGGUAAUACAACCACAGAUAACCUGAGUCCAAUACUACUGCUGGGACAGAAACGCAGCGAUGCAUGCUGGGUAAACAUGGGAGAGGAAGGAUCCUAAGGGUGGCUCCACUAGUCUAUGAGCUAAAUGUCGAAUAGGCAGGAAAUGACAAACCAGGAAAACCAGCACAAACUCAAAGAACAAAUGAAGAAAGUGUCUUGAGGGUGACAAGGUCCCAGUGUGGUACAGCUGGACUGUGUCAGGGGCUGGUGAACCACAAAUACAGAGAGGGGUAGGUCGUGGCUGGAGUACAAGAGCCCCCAAAGCCCCAGCAGAGGUUCGGAGCACUCGAGUCAUGCUCUAGUUGGAAUCCUAAGUUAGGAUGGCAGGGAUCUGUAUGUGAUGAAGAUACAGAAAAAAAGACCCACGGAGGCUCCCUCAUAAGGCUGAGCAGGAGGUGGGCACAGAAAUGUUGACGGUGGAUGUCAUAUCCCAGAGUGGGGCUGCAGGGCUCAGAGGGAGAUGAAGUCACCCAGCUGACUAAGGCCACAGGACAUGCAUGCAAGAGCAGCAGGUAUCAGGAAACACUUGCUGAAUACCAACCACUCUGCCCACACUACCUGCAAGUUGUAGCUGAGUCACCAAUGUAGCCAAGCACAGAGAGGAAGGGAAUGUUCCUGAGAAACCACCACAGGCUACAGACAAGCAAGGCAGAUGGAUGGGGGUAGGUAGGAGGGUAGGAAGCUGCAGAUGGGUGCAUUAGGAAGGAAGAGGGCACAGAAGCAGACCAGAGAAAAACCACGUUCAGACCAUGAGGCUGAAAGCACAAAGGGAGAAAAGCCCAUGGGAACCUGCCAAGGAGACAGGCAGGAGAAGGCAUGGUGCAGGAAUUGCAAAGCCGAGAAUGAAUCCACUGAAGAAGGCCAUCUUUGUUUUCUCAAAUUCCUCACCAGAUGAGGAAGCACUGUCCCCUGGAUAGGCUUUACCAGGCUGUGAAGCUAGUUUAAACGAUAACCCUUUAUGCCAUGGCAGAAAAUACAUCUCUAAAUACUGUUUUCUACUCAUAAGCUUUAGAAAGCUGCGCAAGCAAGCCCAUUAAUUGUGGAGUCUCUCUGCUUCAUAAAAUCAAAACUAGGCCAGGCAAGGCAAUACCCACCUGUAAUCCCAGCAUUCUGAAGAUAAAGGUGGGAAGAUCCAGAGUUUAAGGCUAGCCUGGGUCAUCUGAACUAUAAAACUCUCAAGAACCAAUUACAGGGAAACAUCAAGCUUAAACAAGGACAGUGCUCCCUCCCUGUGGAUGCCUCCUCCCUGCUGGUUGGCUCGCAUACUGUGAACUGGUAUUCCUCAGGCUGCUGAGGGAGAGCUCUUACCAAGUCUUACUGGGCUAUGGCCCCUUGGUGCCAGGCGAGAAGCACACACUGCUGCCAACAGCACUCAAUCAAUGAUGAGUCAACCCCGAAGGUUAUUGAUGAGACCUACUCCCAGGGAAGGUUUCAGCAUGUACCAUCAACCUCUUCAAAUGCUGGAGGCCCAGAGGUCCUAGACCUUGGUGGGGAAGCUAAAUGGACAUGUAUCCAACGGCAAUCUCCAUCCUGCUACUACAGAUGAGUUAAGUCUGGUGUAGGCAUGUGGGAACUUCUCGAGGAUCACUGAGCCACACAUGGAACAACUAUACCACCUCCUCCCUCAUAUCACAGAGACUGGAAAGGAAAGAAUAUAGGAGCUGGCCAGAGGAAGAAAGUGAGUGAGGUAAUAUGCUUCAGAGCAUGGCAAGUGUCUAUGCAGUUUUGAUCUCGUAGAAGUGUUUACUGGUGCAAGACCUGUGCAAAAUCAGCCUGGGCUUGGAGGUAACAUGCCAGCGGCAGUGGCACACGCCUUUAAUCCAAGCACUUGGGAGGCAGAGGCAGGCAGAUCUCUUGAGUUUCAGGCCAGCCUGGUCUACAUAGUGAGUUCCAGGACAGCCAGGGCUGUUACACAGAGAAAUCCCAUCGCAAAACAAAAACAAAAUAAAAAAACAACAACAACAAAAACCAACAAAAUUUAAGAUGGCUGUCAACACCCUAUCAUGGGAGGAAAGGGUCUAUGAGGCCCUACCUCCAGGACUGGUCUGCAGAUACUGGUAGCUAUGGGAGAAAAACCUUUACCCUCCCUGAGUAUCUAUGGACAGUUGGUUCAUGGCUGCAGGGAGAGGCCACACCAUGUUCUUCUGUGCAUCAUCCAUUACAAGAAGCCCAUGCUCCUUCACUCACACUCCUGCAAACUACCCUAAGAACCUCAGGGUUGGCUGGCAAUGGUGGCGCACGCCUGUAAUCCCAGCACUCAGGGAGGCAGAGGCAGGCAGAGGCCAGCCUGGUCUACAGAGUGAGCUCCAGGACAGCCAGGGCUAUACAGAGAAACCCUGUC